AGAAAACUGAGGAUGCUAGGACAAUGAGAUUUUCAACUUUUCCUAUUAGGAGAUUUUCGGAACUAAAGUAUACAAGUUCAAGUGUGAUAUGAUGAAGUGUUUGUUUUUUGCUCUACAGAGAUUAACGUUUUAGGAAACAAUUUUGUGAUGCUCGAUUCACCCUUGAAGUAAUGCGGACAGAAUUUCUGAAAUUUGCAUACCACAUCAGCUGGAACCACCGGCAUAUCUUCAUGUUUACUUAAAUCAGAACUUGUAUAAGAGUGAGAAUGGGAGUCUGGGUAAAUAAAAACAGUUGUAUCAGAGACUUGAAAAGGAUCAUUUUUUGUUUUCUGAUUGUGUAUCUGGCUGUUUUAGUGGGCACAGAUCAGGAUUUUUACAGUUUGCUUGGAGUAUCCAAAACCGCAAGCAGCAGAGAAAUAAGACAGGCUUUCAAGAAAUUGGCAUUGAAAUUGCAUCCUGAUAAAAACCCGAACAACCCAAAUGCACAUGGUGAUUUUUAAAAAAUCAAUAGAGCAUAUGAAGUACUCAAAGAUGAAGAUCUACGAAAAAAGUAUGACAAGUAUGGAGAAAAGGGACUUGAAGAUAAUCAAGGAGGCCAGUAUGAAAGCUGGAACUACUAUCGUUAUGAUUUUGGUAUUUAUGAUGAUGAUCCUGAAAUCAUAACACUGGAAAGAAGAGAAUUUGAUGCUGCUGUUAAUUCUGGAGAACUGUGGUUUGUAAACUUUUACUCCCCAGGAUGUUCACACUGCCAUGAUUUAGCUCCUACAUGGAGAGACUUUGCUAAAGAAGUGGACGGAUUACUUCGUAUUGGAGCUGUGAACUGUGGUGAUGAUAGAAUGCUCUGCCGAAUGAAAGGAGUCAACAGUUAUCCCAGCCUCUUGGUUUUUAGGUCUGGAAUGGCUACAGUGAAAUAUCAUGGAGAUAGAUCAAAAGAAAGUUUAGUGAAUUUUGCCAUGCAGCACGUUAGAAGCACAGUAACGGAACUGUCAACAGGAAAUUUUGUCAACUCCAUACAAACUGCUUUUGCUGCUGGUAUUGGCUGGCUGAUCACUUUUUGUUCCAAAGGAGGAGAUUGUUUGACUUCACAGACACGACUCAGGCUUAGUGGCAUGUUGGAUGGUCUGGUUAAUGUAGGCUGGAUAGACUGUGCCACUCAGGACAACCUGUGUAAAAGUUUAGAUAUUGCAACAAGUACUACUGCUUAUUUUCCUCCUGGAGCCACUUUAAAUAACAAAGAGAAAAGCAACAUUUUGUUUCUUAAUUCACUGGAUGCUAAAGAAAUAUAUUUGGAAAUAAUACAUAACCUUCCAGAUUUUGAACUACUUUCAGCAAACACACUAGAGGACCGUUUGGCUCAUCAUCGGUGGCUUUUAUUUUUUCAUUUUGGAAAAAAUGAAAAUUCAAAGGAUCCUGAGUUGAAAAAGCUAAAAACUCUGCUAAAAAAUGACCAUAUUCAAGUUGGCAAGUUUGACUGUUCCUCUGCACCAGACAUCUGUAGUAAUCUCUAUGUAUUUCAGCCAUGUUUAGCAGUAUUUAAAGGACAAGGAACCAAAGAAUAUGAAAUCCAUCAUGGAAAGAAGAUUCUGUAUGAUAUACUUGCCUUUGCCAAAGAGAGUGUUAAUUCUCAUGUCACCACACUUGGACCUCAAAAUUUUCCUGCCAAUGACAAAGAACCAUGGCUUGUUGAUUUUUUUGCCCCUUGGUGUCCACCAUGUCGAGCUUUACUGCCAGAGUUAAGAAGAGCAUCAAAUCUUCUUUAUGGUCAGCUUAAGUUUGGUACACUAGAUUGUACAAUUCACGAAGGGCUCUGUAACAUGUAUAACAUUCAGGCUUAUCCAACAACAGUUGUAUUCAACCAGUCCAACGUUCAUGAGUAUGAAGGACAUCACUCUGCUGAACAGAUCUUGGAGUUUAUAGAGGAUCUUAUGAAUCCUUCAGUGGUCUCCCUUACACCCACCACUUUCAAUGAACUAGUUAAACAAAGAAAACAUGACGAAGUCUGGAUGGUUGAUUUCUACUCCCCAUGGUGUCAUCCAUGUCAAGUCUUAAUGCCUGAAUGGAAAAGAAUGGCCCGGACAUUAGCUGGGCUGAUCAAUGUGGGCAGUAUUGACUGCCAACAGUAUCAUUCUUUUUGUGCUCAAGAAAAUGUUCAGAGAUACCCUGAGAUAAGAUUUUUUCCUCUGAAAUCAAAUAAAGCUUAUCAGUAUCAUAGUUACAAUGGUUGGAAUAGAGAUGCUUACUCCCUACGAAUCUGGGGUCUGGGAUUUUUACCUCAAGUGUCCAUAGAUCUAACACCUCAGACUUUUAAUGAAAAAGUUUUACAAGGGAAAAAUCAUUGGGUGGUUGAUUUCUAUGCUCCUUGGUGUGGACCUUGCCAAAAUUUUGCUCCAGAGUUUGAGCUCUUGGCUAGGAUGAUUAAAGGAAAAGUGAAAGCUGGAAAAGUAGACUGUCAGGCCUAUGCUCAAACAUGCCAGAAAGCUGGUAUCACAGCCUAUCCAACUGUUAAAUUUUAUCGGUAUGAAAAAGCAAAGAGAAAUAUUUGGGAAGAGCAAAUACAUGCCAGAGAUGCAAAAGCCAUUGCUACCUUAAUACAUGACAAAUUGGAAGCACUCCAAAAUCAAGGAAAGAGAAAUAAGGAUGAACUUUGAUAAUGUUGAAGACAAAAAAAAUGAAAAGGAGUUCUGACCAGUGACAACAGAAGACACCAUUUUAGAUGUUACAUUUGUGGUGGGAAUAAAUGAACGUUAUCUUGGACUGUA